GCAGCCAUGUUGCACCUGAGCCCUGACGCGUGCGGUCACACUCUGCUCCUCCUCUGUCUGCUCCUCAGGAGUUGUCAGUCUCUGAAGAACGACGCCACGGAGCUGCUCUUCCCUCACGUGACCGCGCCGCUGUCGGAACAGCCGCACAGCAACGUGUCCCUGAACCGCGCACGCACGGGCGGCAGAGGCGCGAGCGGCGCCGCGCACGACAGAAGCAAUGGCGGUCAGAUCGGAUGCAGGGAGCUGCGAUCCACCAAGUACAUCUCUGACGGCCACUGCACCAGCAUCAACCCCAUCAAAGAGCUGGUCUGUGCCGGCGAGUGUCUUCCUGCUCAGAUGCUUCAGAACUGGAUCGGCGGCACCCACGGCAGGAAGUUGUGGAGUCGCCGUGGCAACAGCAACCAGGACUGGAGGUGCGUCAACGACAAGACGCGCACCCAACGCAUCCAGCUGCAGUGUCAAGAUGGCAGCGAGCGCACGUACAAGAUCACCGUGGUCACGUCGUGCAAGUGCAAGCGGUACUCGAGGCAGCACAACGAGUCUGACGGGAAGUUCGGGGAAGCGGCCGAGGUUUCGCCGCCGCAGCUCGUGCACAAACACAAGUCCAAGAGCAAGAGGAGGCUGGGGAAGAACCGUCUGAGCGAGAACUGGCACGAGACGGAACCCUGAGCAAAAACACACACGGACUCACUCUGAAUCCACUUCAGACGACUGCAGCCGUGUAUUUUGAAUCUUUGAGGUUGGUUUUCUCACGAGCUGCUUUUGCAGACGUUCACUGAAGUCCAAACGUUCUGCUCUGAUCUGAAGGACACGAGAGCUGGACACGAAGAACACAAACGUCCGCAGAAGUGGAUCCGGACAUUCUCCGCAGAUUCUCCUCUCAUGCUCCAUCCAUGUUUAUUAUUAUUUCUUCUUCAGAUUCACCUGACGUUCAAUUUACCCGCCGUUUUUUGAGCCUCGAAAAUAAAAAAACUAUUAAUCUACCCAUAAAAAUAAAGUAAUGUCGCAGCAGAUGUAGAUAUAAAAAUGUCUUUGUUGUACAAAAUAAAUAAGGGGGAUGGAGGUUUGUUCAGUAUUGGCCAACACUGACAUAUUACGCUGAUAGUAUUGUGCGUUCCCAUUAAGAACAUUAAAGAAAAAGAUCCUGACUGAUCGACCGCAACUCGAUUGUCAGCUGUGAGCGUAAAGUUGUGGAUGGGUUGCAGGUUACUGCCGACACGAAGCCAAAACACUCAAAUGAAAACAUCGUAACAUGGAUGCAGCCCAAGUCAAAUCUCCGGAUAAUGUCUGCGUCGGCUCAUGUGACAAACUCUGGAUAAUCCACAGUGAGUGAAUAGCCUAGCGUCUCAGAACCAGGUGGCACCUCCUCCCCUGGAUCCUCCCGAGAAUCUCCCGCCGCUCCGACAUAAAGCCCAUAAAUCUGUGUGAACAGAAAAACCAAAUUCCUCCCAGUUUGUGUGUGAAAACUUAGACUGUGAUGGAGACGUUCACAGAGCGUGCUGAGGACUUCUCUCCUCUGUGGUUUUCUGUAUAAUAAUGUGAACAGUUUCCCAGACUUUCACACUGUCCUAGACACAUGGAGACUCUGCCUGUUCAGGCACCAACACCAGCUAACGCCAAACAUCUGAAAAAAACAUUAAAGGUCCAAUAUGCAACAUGCCUGUUACAGCUGGUCAAUGAAAACAAACAUGAAGUAGAGUCACUUUGAACAAGUGAUCGCAAUUUAAACCCUCUAUUUUUCAUUGUUAGGGCUAAAACUACUUUUUCGGAAAUCAAUUUCAAACUAUUUUUGAUAACCGAUUAAUCCGUUUUUGUUUUUUUUUAUUUUUGCCCAUGUACGUGUUUGGAACAGGGUCUUUAAGCUCCCACCAUUGUGUUAGAGUGUAGUCAUUAAAAUGUUGAUCUGACAAAAAAACUUGUUGUGUAAAUACUUGUACAUUUAUCAAAUUCUUACUUGCCUUCUGAAGUAUGGCCAUGUGUAUAAAAUUGUACUAUGUAAGAUUUCUGAUGUAUGAUGAUGUAAUAUAUUAUUUUUUGUGGCAGCAUGUCACGUGAUACGUUUUUGCAUAAGUGAUGUUAUUGUGAAAAAAAAGCUUGUUCAUCAUCUUUCAUUUUUGUAAUAACUUUAUAUAAAAUAAAUAAAU